AAUAUUUCAACAAUUUCAUUUAUCAUAAAUAAUCAUUUGACUUUGUUUUUAUUUCACUUUUAUCAUUAAUUGCAACAUUGUACGAAUAAAUUAAUUUUAAUUUCGAAUCAUCCAGUGAUCUAUUUGUUUAUCUAUCUAUUUUGCAAUCAUAUAGAAUAACAAUCAAAUAAAAAUGGCCAAAAUUUCUCGAUUGAAUUGUGUAACCAUAACCAUAUUGAUUAUUAGUAUGAUCGUUGGAUAUAUGGCAGCCGAAUACAUGUCAACGGAUGAUAAUCAAGAUGAUCUUGAUUAUUAUGGUAUUAUGUUGGCGAAUUUGAUAAAUACACGACAAUUUUUACCAGAUAAACGUAGCUGCUUACGACGUGGUUCACCUUGUGAUCAUCGUCCAAAUGAUUGUUGUCCACAAUCAAUAUGCCGAUGUAAUCUUUGGGGAACCAAUUGUCGUUGUCAUCGAAUGGGAUUGUUUCAAAAAAUUGGUAAAAAGUAAAAAUAUCAUAUCAACAAUCAAUAAUCGCACUGAAACAAAACUACACUUAAACAAACACACAUAUACACACACAUAGACAAAACAUCAAUAGUGACAAACCAAACAUCCAACGGAAUAUAUUUUCAUCAAUUAACAUCUUGAAAAAAAUUGUACUAAGUGAUGACAGACAAAAAUUUAUAAAAUAAAUCAUUAUCGCAAGUACUUGAAUGCUGGAAUAAAA